CGCUACGCCCUCAGAUAAACAAAAAGUCAAAGUCAAUAGACUAAUAGGUUAGUAAUACCAUCAACCCGUUAUACAUCAUGGAUAAGACAGACAGCGGACCCCGUGUCACGAUUAGACAGACCGAGCGCGAUCGUGUGGACUUUCUUUUGAAAGAUGUAGACAUUUCCAUUGCCAACUCCAUCCGUAGAACGAUGCUCGCUGAAGUGCCGACGUUGGCCAUAGAUCUUGUUGAGAUCGAGGUGAAUACUUCUGUGUUGGCAGAUGAGUUCAUUUCACACCGUCUUGGGUUGAUCCCCUUGGUGAGUGAAGGUAUAGAUGCGUUGUCGUACUCCAGAGACUGCACGUGUGACCAAUACUGUGCCAACUGUUCAGUCAAGUUGGAAUUGACUGCCAAGUGUGACACCGACUCCACCAUGAACGUUUACGCGGUAGACUUGGCCAAGUUUCACAACGGGGUCAGAUUGGGGGACCCAGUCAUCCGUGACCAACACGGGAAGGGUCCACUUAUCUGUAAGUUGAGAAAGCAUCAAGAGUUGAGACUCACAUGUAUUGCCAAAAAGGGUAUAGCCAAGGAACAUGCCAAAUGGAGUCCAUGUUCCGCCGUGGGGUUUGAAUACGACCCAUGGAACAAGUUGAAGCAUACAGACUACUGGUACGAAGAAGAUGCCGAUGCUGAAUGGCCCAAGAGUGCCAACUGUGAAUGGGAAGAAGCCCCUGAUCCAGAUGCAAAGUUUGACUACAAUGCCAAGCCAGAGACUUUCUACAUCGAUGUGGAAACCGUAGGGGUGUUGCCUCCAGACGAGGUUGUGUUGAAGGGUAUUGAGACCUUACAGUUGAAGCUUGCAGGUGUUUCGAUGGAGUUGAACAAGGACGGCAUAGAGGCCAGCAAUGCUGCAUCGGGAGGAUUUACAACAUAUGGAAGAUCUCCUAGUGGUGGCAACAACUCGCCAGGAGGUGGAGGGUUCGGGAACUCGACGUGGGGUUAA